GCGAAUGUGCCUCCUUGGUCGUGCUGAGCGUGUUUGAUUAUGGUUCCUGCAAAGCAGCAUCGCCCGGCGCCCCUAAUAACAUCACCAAGGCCCGGCUCUGGUCAUCGAAGGAUGUCGAUAACACCUUCUACGUUCAGUUCAAGUGCGCUCAGAAGUCCGAGUACGCUAGGACCUGGGGCCCUCUCAUCUCCGACCAGCAGCGGUGUUCCUGCCCAACCAACGACUCCAGGCGCCUUAGCCUCCACUCCUGGAAGUGCUUAUGUUGUGUCCUCCUUCAGCCGAUCAGCGCUUACUCCAAAGGCAGCGGCAGCGCAGCAGGACUCUCGCCCGGACAGCGCAGGCACCACAACGAUCAAGUCAGCCAAGGAGAGUGCACAGGAGGCACAAGAGCCAGAAGAUGAAGAGAAAGGUGAGAAGAUGAGAGUGGCAGAGGAAGAGGAUAGAGAACAACGAGCGCAUGCACACGACAGUAGUGUUGUAGAGCCGGAGUCCUCUGUCAGCUAGGUAUAUGUCAACAAAACCAGUGAUCAGAACAGUCUCGCAGACUUUUCGUCACACAUUUGUCCUUCGGGCUAAGAAGGAGAACGAACGUAGAAGAGAACCACGAAGCGGAAGAGGGAAACGCAAGAGCAGGAGAGUGGCAGAGAAAGAGGAGGAUAUGGAUAUAGAGAACAGGGAGGCGUUCACUGGCCCUCUUUCCACUCCCCGGAACGCUAAGUUCAAGGGUAGAGAACAGUUAAAGUGUCUGAGCCAGUGAAGGAAUCACACUAUGACAGGUAUGACAGUCGUCGAUUUGAAGUCAGUGAGUACGGGGUUGAAUGAGCUUGGCAACAUGCGCUUGCGACGUUUGAGGCGAACAGCAGCCUCAGCCUUGAACCACCGGUACACCCGGGGGCCGCCUGGAGGGGCUCCACUCGGUGCCAAGCUUUGCCGAACGAACCCCCGCCAGCGGGACACUUUUGUUUCUUUUUUGGCUGGCGCCACCAGCCAUUGUGGUCCGGUAUCCCCGAGGCACAAAAUUUUCGGAGUAGACGGCAAAACUUUUUCAGCGAGACUGCGGCCAUGUACUGGCGGUUUAGGGGUUUAGCAAACAGCUUUUCUGUGUGACCACGGCCGUAAGGUUUAAUAAACAGCUUUUUGUGUAGCCACAGCCUGAAGGCUUGAGGAAUGGCUUGUCCAGCGACAGCCUUGGAGUCCCAAAAACAGUUUGUCUGUGUGAUUCUCCCUUACCUCUCCAUAACAUUGGUCUUGGUCAGGAGUUGCCGAUCAGGAGUUCUAGGUCUGGAGUUGCUGAUCAGGAGUUCUACGUACGGUGGAGGAGUUGCUGAUCAGGAAUUCUAGCUACGGUGGAGGAGUUGCUGAUCAGGAGUUCUAGGUCCGGAGGAGUUGCGGAUCAGGAGUUCUAGGUACGGUGGAGGAGUUGCGGAUCAGGAGUUCUAGGUCCGGAGUUGGUCCACUGUAAGGGCUGCGCUCCCUUAGAGCAACUCUUGACCAAACAUGCUUGGCCAUCGGAUGGCCAAACAUGCUUUAGGCGGUCCCACGGGGCCAGUCUGCUUAUGAGGGUUAAGAUUGCCCCUAAUCGAAUAUUUGUCCUUUCCCUUUGUAAACUGACUGGCGUCCAUGUCAGGACCUGUCAGUGAGAGCUGCGGUGAGGAACAUGUUUCUCAGGCUCCAGAGGGAUCUGUUGAAGGUGCACGACGUAGUGUGGACAUUGUGGUCUGUAUUUUGUACUUCUCUCUCUCUCUCUCUCUCUCUCUCUCUCUCUCUCUCUCUCUCUCUCUCUCUCUCUCUCUCUCUCUCUCUCUGUGUGUGUGGACGGGAAUGUUGCACUCCUUUUCCCCGAGUUGCAGUCCCGAACUUUCGGGAAGUAGUCUCUUGAGAGGCACGUCUGCUUGAUUCGGGAUCCAUGAUCAAGAGGACUGUGCCGAGUAUGUUCAGCCAGAUAAGAGGGAAAGCUGGUGCAAUGUUUGAGGCAUCCUUUGGGCAUUUGCUACUCCCGACACCUGCAUCACAUCCUCGUUUUUCUUUUUUCCUUUUAUUUAAAUUCUUUUCUCUCUCUCUUUUCUUCUUUUUUUUUUGCAUCACGGAGUCUUCUUCUUUCUUCCUGCAGAAGUUUCUAAUUAUGAUUCAGAAAGGGAACCGCAAUGACAUUUCCGGCUAAGCAGGUUGCAGUGCGAUGAAAUGUCAGCUUAUCCGCUGGUGGGUGGCAGUGUGAUCAAGAGAGAGAGAGAGAGAGAGAGAGAGAGAGCUUAAUAUGAGAAGGAAUGCAUGAUCUCUCAUAGUUCAAAAAAAAAAAACAGUUGUGACUAAACUUCACUGAAGUAUGACUUGGCCCCUUCUAGCUCUUCAAGAUGUGUGCUGAAUUGACUGCGGCCAGCUUGCGAACACAUCUACACUGAUCCCAAUCGCCCGAAGAAGA